AGAGAGUUGCCAGAGGUCGGCACAUCAGAGGCAGGAACUGGGGGAGUAUUGCAACGUCAGCUGGUAGUAAACAGAGGGGCGGCCCUGGCAACUUGUACCUGUUUCGUGCUUCCCUACACCCCUCUCGCUCACCUGGCCUCACACCUGCGUUGAUUAAAGAACGGCAAAAUGGCUGAUGGAGGAUUUGAUCCAUGCGAGUGUGUGUGGAGCCACGAGAUGGCCAUGAGGCGACUCCUAUCUUUGCUGCGGCAAUCCCAAAGCUACUGCACAGAUAAUGAGUGCUUCACAGAGUUGCCAGGGCCGAGGUCUUCCAUCACAGCAGGUGGUAUGGAGAACACCACACUGCUGGCUGUGAUGUGGACCUUCCUGGCUUUUGUUCUCUUCCUCAUGAGACCCAGCUCCCUGCGCUCUGACCCCAACACCAAGCCUGCAAACAGUAACCAGGAUGAUGGUGCUCCUCCCUCCCCUCCGACAGCCAACUAACACCUGCGCUCACUUGGCUCCAGAUUCACCCUCAACCCUAAGUGACCUUCGUUCCACAUACGUCUCUCACACUCUCCAGAUACAUCGACACCUGACUAUCACAAGAAUACCACACAUUUUUGUUACUCCUAACUUACUUCUGUCUCCCCCAAGGUUUACUAAAUACAUGGAACACAAAAUGAAUAAAAAAAAAACUUCCUGCAAGGCUGGAGUGCUGCUGCCUGUGUCAUGUGGCUCAGGAUCCACUGUGGCAGUGGCACUUCCCAACACUGGCAAGGUUGUGAUAUUGCAGGUUCUCUCAUCCACAUGUGUACAAUGUUAAGAAUGCUUCAAAUACCAUUAAUUCCAAAGCUUUACUAAGAUUUCAGAAACAGAUUUCAGAACAGCUUUGGUGACAGUUCAAAAGAACUGUCCCAAGUACUUAUCUGUCUUUCCAGUGAAUAAUUACAAUGGCAUUAUGCACUGGACCUGCCAAGCAGCCUUCCCAAGGUGCCACACUGCCACCCGGUGUUUAGUCACCAAAUGACUUUAAAAAUAUUACUUGUGUAUUUAUUACAGUUACAUUGUUACAAUCCCAAUACUUUAUAUAUUUUUCUUUGUACUGAUACUUAUUCUACUUUGUAAUAUUAAUCAACAAGAUUACUUUGUAAUAUUAAUCAGCAAGAUCUAAUCUAUAUUUAUAUGCAUAACAUAAUAUGCAAAUGCAUACCUCUAGUCUACCUACCCUAGACAUAACUAAACUGGUGACCAGUGUUGGUCAAAAUAUAUCAAGAUUUAUACAGCCUCCUGUGUUAAAGAAUAAGAAUAAUUAUACUACCCAUUAGAAAACAGUCCAUAAUCAACAGCCAGCAAGAAGACAUAAGCCUUCCAGCAGGGCCUCUCGUCUUCAUCAUUCACUGAAAUGCCGACACUGCUGAAGACCUUACAAAGGCUUGCAUCACCCUCCCAGCACAUUACCUUUUCCUCCCCUCUCACAUCAAAAUAAACCUGUGUGACAGGAAUCUGUCUUGUAGCAUUGGGAGCAUUGUAAGGUUGAUACUGUUUGGGUUGUUAGGAAUUCCUUGAAGUAUAUUGUGUGAGGUGUUUCCAAAGUAUAGGUUUUGUUUUUUUGGAACCUGCACUUGAGGUCUGAUAAUGACAAUUAGAUUUGCCUGUGUCUUUGCAAUGGUUCACCUGGACAGACCCCUUAUGAAGGAAGACUAGAAUUGUUCUGCUUAUUCCAGGGCAUGUUAUGAACAUGAGACAAGGUUAACUUUGCAGAGCUAUUCUAACUCUCACUGUGUUAUCUGAUGCAGGUGAGCAGUGACUUCAAAGUAUAAGCUAAUUCAACAUGUAUGACAGGAGCUGCUGUGCUCCCUGAGUGACACUAAUUGGCUGUCCAGUGGUCUCACAUUGCUGAAGAAAGGUUCCAAAGUGUUUUUUAGAAGUGUUUUCUGAAGUUGACUUGGGGACUGUGUGCAUUAUAUACUGUGUAAUGUAACCUAAAAAAAAUCAGUGUAUUCUUUGCGCCAUGAAAUAUUUAAUAUCAGCAGGUGAAAUGUGACAACAAAAGGAAACAUUAAACAUUGUUCAACUCCCCUUUGAAAAAAAAAAAAAAAAGAAAGAAAAGGGAAAAAAAAAGAUAUCAGUGAUUGUUUACUGUGUUCAUGUCAAUACUCUUCUGUCAUAAAGUAAUUUUUAGUUUUACAUUAAUGUUUAAACAUUUCUAGAGUACACUUUUUGCACAUUAGUUACAGACUACACUUUUUUUUUACCUGCUUCCUACAUCACUCCCAAUUGUGUGUUAUCUAGGGAAGGUUUGUUAUUGUAUGGUACUCUCACUUUGCACAAAUAAACAUGAAUAACA